AUGGCUAACCACUCGCAAUUCGGAUUCCAAGAUGCCUCAUCUCCCAUUAUAGAAGAACUUGUCGAAUUCCACGACCACGCCCUAAUAGUUGCCCUAGCAAUCUGCAGCCUAGUACUCUAUCUCCUAACACUCAUACUAAUAGAAAAACUAUCCUCAAACACCGUCGACGCACAAGAAGUAGAACUAAUCUGAACCAUUCUACCAGCUAUUGUCCUCAUCCUACUCGCCCUACCAUCCCUACAAAUCCUGUAUAUAAUAGACGAAAUCGACGAACCAGACCUAACACUCAAAGCCAUCGGACACCAAUGAUACUGAACCUACGAAUACACAGACUUCAAAGACCUAACAUUCGAUUCAUACAUAAUCCCAACAACAGACCUUCCCCUAGGACACUUCCGACUACUAGAAGUAGACCACCGUGUUGUUAUUCCCAUAGAAUCCCCCAUCCGCAUUAUCGUCACUGCCGGUGAUGUUCUCCACUCCUGAGCCGUCCCAACCCUAGGAGUAAAAACCGAUGCAAUCCCAGGACGACUAAACCAAACAUCAUUCAUUACUACCCGACCAGGAAUCUUCUAUGGCCAGUGCUCAGAAAUCUGUGGAGCCAACCACAGCUACAUACCAAUCGUAGUAGAAUCUGCCCCACUCACCCACUUCGAGAACUGGUCCACACUCCUAUCAUCCUAA